UCAGAGCUGCUGGAGGAGCUGAUGUCCUCAGAAGGGACUCCAGGGCAGGUGCGCCCUCAGCAGGAGGUGGCACAUUCCGUGGAAAGUGCAGGCGCCCACAGCUGGGUUGGACCAUGGCGCCUCCACGGAACGUGGUGAAGAUUGCUGUCCAGAUGCGUGACGCCAUCCCACAGCUCAUCCAACUGGACCAGGCAAAGCCCCUGGCCGCUGUUUUGAAGGAGGUGUGCGACGCGUGGAGCCUAACUCACUGGGAGCGCUAUGCCCUGCAGUUUGCUGAUGGGCACAGGAGAUACAUCACUGAGAAUAACCGCGGAGAGAUCAAGAAUGGCAGCAUCCUGUGCCUCAGCACUGCCCCAGACCUUGAGGCUGAGCAGCUGUUGGGUGGGCUGCAGAGUCCAAGUCAUGAAGGGCGCCUCGAAGCCCUGAGGCACCUGGUUCUACUGGCCUCAGACAUGACCUUUGCCCGGGAGGUCAUCAGCCGCGAUGGGCUUCAGAGACUAGGCACCAUCAUUGAGGAUGGGGACGACCUAGGAGAGGUGCUGGCCCUCGGGCUGAAGGCCUUCUUGGAGCUUAUGGAGCAUGGUGUAGUGUCCUGGGAGACGCUUAGCAUCCCUUUUGUCAGGAAGGUGGUGUGCUAUGUGAACAUGAAUCUGAUGGAUGCCUCUGUGCAGCCGCUGGCCCUUCGGCUGCUGGAGAGUGUGACCUUGAGCAGCCCUGCUCUGGGCCAGCUGGUCAAGAGUGAGGUGCCACUGGAUAGGCUGUUGGUGCACCUGCAGGUGAUGAACCAGCAGCUGCAAACCAAGGCCAUGGCCCUGCUGACAGCUUUGCUGCAGGGGGCCAACCCUGCAGAACGGAAGCACAUGCUUGACUACCUGUGGCAGAGAAACCUUCGCCAGUUCAUCUACAAGAACAUCAUCCAUAGUUCAACACCACUGGGGGAUGAGAUGGCUCAUCACUUGUAUGUGCUGCAGGCCCUUACACUGGGGCUGCUGGAGCCACGCAUGCGGACACCACUUGACCCCUAUAGCCAGGAGCAGCGGGAACAGCUGCAGACCCUGCGCCAGGCUGCCUUUGAACUGGAGGGGGAGUCCUUGGGCACUGGGCUGAGUGCUGACCGUCGCCGUUCCCUCUGUGCCCGAGAAUUCCGCAAAUUGGGCUUCUCUAACAGCAACCCAGCGCAGGACCUGGAACGUGUGCCCCCAGGCCUGCUGGCCCUGGACAACAUGCUCUACUUCUCCAGACAUGCACCCAGUGCAUACAGCAGGUUCGUGUUGGAAAACAGUAGCCGGGAGGAUAAGCAUGAGUGUCCCUUUGCCCGGAGCAGCAUCCAGCUGACUGUGCUGCUGUGUGAACUGCUCCGUGUUGGGGAACCUUGCUCCGAGACAGCCCAGGACUUCUCACCCAUGUUCUUCGGACAGGACCAGAGCUUCCAUGAGCUUUUCUGUGUAGCCAUCCAGCUGCUAAAUAAGACCUGGAAAGAGAUGAGGGCAACACAGGAAGAUUUUGACAAGGUUAUGCAGGUGGUACGGGAACAGCUGGCUCGCACACUGGCCCUGAAGCCUACAUCCCUGGAGCUCUUCCGAACCAAGGUGAAUGCACUCACCUAUGGGGAGGUGCUGCGGCUGCGGCAGACAGAGCGACUGCACCAGGAGGGCACUCUGGCCCCUCCCAUACUAGAGCUGAGGGAGAAGCUGAAACCAGAGCUCAUGAGCUUGAUCCGCCAGCAGCGCUUGCUCCGCCUCUGUGAGGGGACACUCUUCCGCAAGAUCAGCAGCAGGAGGCGCCAGGACAAGCUGUGGUUCUGCUGCUUGUCCCCAAACCACAAGGUGCUGCAGUAUGGGGAUGUAGAGGAAGGCACCAACCCACCCACCCCAGAGAGCCUGCCCGAGCAGCUCCCUGUUGUUGACAUCAGGGCACUCCUGACAGGCAAGGACUGCCCCCAUGUCCGGGAGAAGGGCUCCGGGAAGCAGAAUAAGGACCUCUAUGAGUUAGCUUUCUCCAUCAGCUAUGACUGCGGGGAGGAGGAGGCAUACCUCAACUUCAUUGCCCCCUCUAAACAUGAUUUCUAUCUGUGGACAGAUGGGCUGAGUGCCCUGCUAGGCAGCCCCAUGGGCAGUGAGCAGACCCGGCUGGACCUGGAGCAGUUGCUGACCAUGGAGACCAAGCUGCGACUGUUGGAGCUAGAGAAUGUGCCUAUCCCUGAGCGGCCACCACCUGUGCCCCCACCCCCCACCAACUUCAAUUUCUGCUAUGACUGCAACAUUGCUGAACCUUGACAAGUUGGCCAAGGGCCUCAGCUGCCACCACUGUGCUAGCCACAAGGGGCGGCAGGUAGAGGAGCAUGGGCAAAAAUAAAGUCCGCUUGGCUCUUAGGUAUGUGUCAAGCUAGCUC